CCCCCAAAACAGGUCUGUUCCGGAUUCCAGUUAACGCUCAAAACAAACACGCUCCUGUCUUGAUCUUUCUGCCGAAUAAAGAAAAAAGGUGAGGAAGACCAAAUAAUUCUUUACUAAUUAUUUUACGGGGAAAAUCUGUCUUGGACUUCGAAAUGACACGAAGGUUGUGUAACUUAGUACAACUUGGUGCACCAGCUUAUUAUAACGAUCGGGCAUUCUUUGCAAAUUCGAGACGAUGAUGAGCAUUCUCGAUAAUGUAGAAUGCAGCGACCACAGGGAAUAUUCAGCAUUUUCCGCCAAAACCACGGCAGACCCACCUCCAUUUCUAGAUUCUACUGGCUAACUCAAUCGGUAGGUCGGUCAUAUCACGUCAGUUCCAGGUCAUGCGGAGUUUAUCUUCAGAUUUUUGCUCGCACGCGAUCGGUGAAUGCGGGCAGGCUACUGCAUGCUAUCAUGGUGGUGAACGGAGUGAAGCAGUCGAGCUAUUUGUAUUCUAAACUCAUCCUUUUUUAUUGCCAGUGUGGCAGAAUACCGGACGCCAGGAAAGUGUUCGAGAAAAUGCCUAAGAGGAAUUUGCAGUCUUGGGUAGUCCUACUUGGUGCUUAUGCGCGUUAUGGCUACUGGCAAGGCACGCUUGAAUUGUUUGAUCGGAUGCUAGAGGAAGGAUUUGCACCCAACAAGUAUGUCUUUCCCAGUGCGUUAAGAGCUUGUGCUAAUCUUUCUGAUCUAGAGACUGGUAAAAGGAUCCAUGCGUUGGUUAGGAACUCGGGAUUCGAUACAGAUGUUUUCGUUGAUAGCGCAUUGGUCGAUAUGUAUGCUAAAUGCGGGUGCCUGGAAAGCGCCCGCCGAGUGUUUGAUAUGAUGUCUGAGAGAGAUCUUGUCUCAUGGAACACCAUGGUCUCUAGUUAUUCUCAAUGUGGUAUGGUUGAGGAAGCACUCAAGUUGGUCAGGGCGAUGAGAAGUUCAGGUAUUAAGCCUGAUUCAGUCACUUGGAAUGCUGUAAUUGUGGGAUUCUCUCAGAUGGGGAAUGUCGUUAUGGCCUUAAUGUCAUUCCGUGAUAUGCAGGCUGACGGAAUUAAGCCAGAUAUUGUCUCUUGGACUGCUAUGAUCUCUGGUUUUGCACAGAAUCAUCUCAAUGAGGAGGCCUUCGGAAUGUUCCACAGAAUGUUACUAUCUGGUUUUAUGCCAAGUUCGGUAACCAUAAGUGGUCUAUUGCCAGCUUGUGCAAAUUUAGAGAAUUUGAAACAUGGAAAGGAAAUACAUGGUUACUCACUGAUUAUAGGUGUUGCGGAAGAGGUAUUCGUUAGCAGCUCUCUUGUAGACGUAUAUGCAAAAUGUGGGUUUGUUUCUGAAGCUCGUAAAGUGUUUGACAGGAUGCCUAAGCGGAACACAGUGUCAUGGAAUUCCAUGAUAUACGGCUAUGCCAUGCACGGGCAUGGGAUUGAUGCACUACGCCUUUUUUAUCAAAUGCAGAGCGAGGGCGUAAUUCCUGACCAUAUUACUUAUACUAUCGUGUUCACUGCAUGCAGCCAUGGAGGAUUUGUAGAUCAAGGUCGGGCAUAUUUUGAAAAUAUGCAGCUUAAGCACGGCAUAGAGCCAAGAAUGGAGCAUUAUGCUGCGAUAGUGGACCUUCUCGGGAGAGCUGGGAUGCUAUUGGAAGCUUAUGCAUUUGUCAAUACGAUGCCAAUGAAGCCAGAUUUUUAUGUCUGGGGAUCUUUGCUUGGUGCUUGCAGGAUUCAUGGUAACGUUGAGCUUGCUGAGAUUGCAGCUUCUCAUCUGUUUGAGCUUGAGCCUCGUGGUUCUGGAAGCUACAUUUUACUGUCAAAUAUACUGGCAGAAGCAGGUAGGUGGAGAGAUGCAGCAGACAUAGAGAAGAUGAUGAAAAAUAAAAAGAUAAAAAAGAAAGCUGGAUGUAGUUGGGUUGAAGCUGGAUAACACUGUUGAGAAAGAAGGCUGAAUGAAAUUGAGUAGGAAGCUGGAUGACCUUGUGGGGAAAGAAGGUUGAUAUGAAUAAUUAAUGUUGAAGAUAUAAAAGGCUGUAGCUGGAGGGACUGGAUGCUACCGUCAUACUUGAUUUUCUUAGUGUACGUGAACUGGUUUAUCAUUCUCUGUUCCCCGUUUCCCACUUCCCAGCAUGUAUCUUGAGCAUGUUGGAGUAUGCGUGGAGUUUGGAAGAGACCUACAAGUGGUGAUGCGUCAUCUGCACUAAGUUGACAUUCUCAUGUUCGAAGAUCGGGCGAACUCCGUAUUUGCAGGGAGCAAUCCUGAAGUCUAACAAAUAGUUCCAGGGCGAUUACAUUGCAUGUGACUUCACCUAGUUGGUCCAGAAAGGCAGGUGUUCACAGGUACAGAUUCGACAUAGGAAUUUCUGAUGCUAUGCUUUUUAUCAGUGAAAGGUUACACCAAGAAUCAGCACUAAGAAAUUUAUAGAGGAUCUGGACGCACGGCAAACGGCCAACGAUCUCUUCAUUUAUUGUUAGGU